ACGUUCAGUCAACCGUUCUGGCUGGCCGUUUUAUAGUAUUUCUUUAUUGACCAAACAAAUAAAGUUUCACAGUGAACUGUAUAAGAAGUUGUGUGUGGAUGUACUAAUUUAUGAGGUACUAUGUUUAUUCACUUUAGUGUGGGCUACGAAUUAUGAUAAUGACUUGGUAACGAGCGUUAAGUUUUACGUCAAAUUAACCUAUGACUCAAUACCGAGAAUAAACAAUGAAAACUCGGUGCGUCGGGUGGCUUUGUAUACUAGUCGUCGUGUUGUGGUUGCGCGUCGGCGUGAGCGACCGCGGCGACUACAUCGGCUGCUACCGGCUGAAGGUGGACGACAUCCUCAACACGCACACCGGGCAGUCCGUAGACGUGUGCCUGUCUGCAUGCGAGCAGGUCUACUACAAAUACGCGCUCAUCGGCAACGAGUCCACGUGCUACUGCAGCAACUUCCCCGGCACCUUUAAGCUCCCGUUAGACUCUUGUGACUCGCCGUGCCCUAAAAACGAGACUCAGAAAUGCGGGGGUGUUAAUGCUGCGAGCGUAUACGAUACCGAGGUGGUCGCGCCCGGCCCGCCGGAGCCCGUCAACGUCACCCGAGUCACCGAGACCACUGUUAGAAUAACUUGGAAACAGCCUGAUGCUCAUUCUGAUAUUACAGGGUAUGUCAUAAAAGCUGAUGUUGUGACAACAUAUGCUGAAAAUCCUUCCAGCUCUCCAGAAUGGAGGGUGCCUAACAAUACAUUCAGUUUGGAACUACCUAACUUAUAUCCCGGCUCGAGCUACAUUAUCAGUGUGGCAGGAGUAAAUGAUGAUGACGAGGGCCCUCCAGCUACAACUAGAGCAGAAACUAUAAUUGGAACACCUGAUCCAAGUCCCCCUGAUAUAAUAGUUAAAGAAAGAAGAGGUGACCAGAUGUUGGUGCAUAUCCCUGAAGCUAAAAAUGUAAACGGGCCAGUCUCCAUGUACAGAGUGGUUGUGUCUAUUGAACUAUACCAGCAGGGGUUCCUUGUUGAUAACCUCGGCAACUACUCCUAUGCCCAGAGCAUGGACCUGCCUUACUACAUCACGGCGGAGUUAGACCCUGAUGACAUUAAAGCUGAUUUUAUUAUAGGAGAUGGACAUACUUACAAUGGCUUUCAGAAUGUCCCAUUGCUAUUGGUCAGUGAUAUUGAUGUAUCUCUCGGCAUAGUAAGUGAGAAAAAUAAUGUCAGAAAAAUUAGGUAUGCUGAGUCUACCAAGAAAAUAAUACUGAAUAUAAAUGAGCCAGAAGAUGUCAACCCGAUGGUAGUUGCCUUAGGGGCCGGUAUUGCUAUCGGGGUAGUUCUUUUGCUAAUCGGAGUAGGUAUGAUCAUAGUUUUAAGAAAAAGAAUUCAUUUGGUUCGAAUGCAGAGAGGUUCCCAGUCAAUGCCGCUUAGUCUCAGUGAGCCUUGUGUUGAAAUAGAAAACUCUGGCUUUUUACAAGAUGAGGUUGAGAAAAUAGACUACUAUGGAAACUUAAAAAGAAAAUUAUGGAACAUACCAAGGAAUCUCAUUGAUAUAGAUAUUUCUUGUGUUGUUGGUUUGGGGAGCUAUGGGAAGUUCACUAAGGCUAAAGUCCAACAGCACGGAGGACAGACCUCGGGGCUGGUGCAGGUCAUCAGUGACAGGGAAAUGGAGAAGCCUGACAAGAGGCUUAUGCUACAGGAGCUGGACCUCCUGAUCAAGACUAGUGAACAUGAAAAUGUUAUCUCCCUUAUUGGCAUUAGUGAAACUAACACAACACUAUUUGUUGUACUUCAAGACAGUAAAUACACUUUGAAGGAGAUGCUUUUACAAAGCAGACAGAGGGAUUUGCAGAACAAUAAAUUCUGCCUCAUCACUGAGAAUAAACUGCUUCAGCUUUGUGCUGAUAUUGCAGCAGGGAUGGAGUACCUCCACAGCAAGUCGGUGACGCACAAACGACUAAGCUGUCGCAAUAUUGUUAUCAGCGAAUCCGGAGCCGCGAAAGUGUCUGGCUUUGGUUUAUCGCACAUCAGGCCACUACAUGAAACCCCAGACUACAUUCGAUGGACAGCGUGCGAGAUGUUACGACAGACGAGAUUUAACCCUAAAGCAGAUGUGUGGUCGUUUGGAUGCCUUAUGUGGGAAGCGCUAACGUUAGGCGCGACGCCAUACGCAAGCACGCCGAAUAAGGACGUGGCUCCUCGAGUGUUGCGCGGCAUGCGCGCGAGCCAGCCGUCGUACGUCGGCGACGAACUGUUCCACUUGUGCCUGCAGUGCUGGCAGGUGGACCCGGAUGAGCGGCCCACCUUCUCGACGCUGCUUGACGAGCUCCUGCCGCUCUCAGAGGCCGCCGGAACUCGUAGUCUUAGCUUCACACACUAUAACGGAUUCGAAUACGAACCGCACGUGCCACAGUACGAAAUCGCUUAGAAUGUCUGCAGUAAUCACAACAACGCUUACCAGCACUGUGGGCUGAAAUUCGGCUCUCAUUGACAUAGAAACCAGUUGUUAUUUUUAAUUUUUUUUAAUUAAAUUCAGAGGUUAGCAUAACAAUGUUCGUAAAAACCCAUUUCAAUCAAAAAAAAUCUAUAAAAUGUUAAUUCCGGUUUUUGCAUUUUCAGCCCACAGUGCAGCAAACCAGUUUAAAGUCUGAUCUCUGAUUAGUUGUUAUGAGUCUCGACGUCAAAGUAUUAUAGUAUAGGUAUAUACCCUAAUUCACACUAACUUGUACUAAUUACGCGGAAAAUUUGGUUGUAAUAUCUUGGACAUUUUAUUUGCGCUCUAUGGUACUAAAUACAACAAAAUUUUCGCCGUAAUUAGUACGAGUGUGAACUAGGAUAUCAUUGUCAUAUGUAUGCAUUAGAUAGCUGUUGUGAAAAGAAUCAUAUUAGAUUCUCAAAUUGUAGGACAAUAUUUAUGUAGGCGACUAACUUUGUAUCCAAAGAUUAAGACAGCUUUAGACAGCCUCUUCACUACUGUCUAAUGUCUAUUAUUUCUGUAAUAAAAGUGACCUAGUAUCAUUUUUACUGAGUAAUUUGAGAGGAACAGUAUGGCAACUGUAUUCUUAUUCUUAUAUGACAUGAGAAUGUAUUUUAGUUACCUUUAAGCUUAGAUUAAGGGGAUCCCAUGCCCCAAUGACCUUCGAUCUGAAUCCCUUAUUUUUCUUAUGUUUUUUGUAGCUUAUCAUAUUAACAGCAACGGCUUUAAGUGAUAUGGUAUCCCCUAUUUACUUCAAAGUUCAUUGUUUUCGAGAUAUUUGGCAGUUAUAAGUUAAACAAUUGUGGGCCAAAAAACUGGUCUUUUCUGGCCAUAAUUUUUGUGUUAAUGAGUUUAAAAUUAAAACCUUAGACAAAUUUUUAGAGACGUCAAUGACGACCCCAAUUUCGUAUAUGUUAGAUCUUUCGCAGCAUUCGAGAUACGAAAAAAGUGUUUUUUUAGACAAUGUUAAAAAAACAUAAAUAAGUAAGUAUUCAUUCCUUUAAAAAUCCUGUAGACAAAAAUGGAGAUAAAAGAUUGAAGAACCGAUAGCCAUUUGUCUUAUAAUUCUAUCUGUAGUGCAAAAGUAAAAAAUACGAUUUAAAACUUGUCAAAAAUCGAUGAAAACCUCGGGUAGCCCCUUAAGUAACUCAUUACCACAAUGUAAAAACCUUACAUUAUAGUUAAGUACUACCUUAUAGGUGCAAAAAAGAAUACAUAUUUAUGAUAAUGAUUAUCGCGACUCUCGCAGGAAGUCUUUUUUUUGAUGAGGAUAAAAUAUCACACGAUUUAUUUACCUCAAGAAUCUCGUGAAAACUCAAUAACAUACUUAAUUUUGCUCUCAAUUGGUUUAUUAAAAUUCUAACAUGUAUUAUAAAGUGUACUCAAAAAAUGGCCUAUAAUUGUAAGUUAUGCAUAUGUAUUUAGUUUUAACAAAAAAUAAGUGCAUUCCCGUUGCUAGGGAGGUUUUGGGAUUAUACUGAGCAACUUUUACUAUGGAACCAAUCACAAAAUCGCGAAAAAAAAAUUACCCUCCUAUAGAAAAUGGACCGGCCAAAAUGUAUGAAACAGCCAAUUUUUUUUCCGCGAUUUCGGGUUUGGUCCCAUAGUAAAAGUUGCUCAGUAUAAUCCCAAAACCUCCCUGGCAACGGGAAUGCACUUAUUUCUAUAGUAACAAUGGCGUGUUACGAUACAUUUGGUCACUUUGGCCUUCACUAUCUAUUUGAUUCUGGCUGUACAUCUGUAGUACGGGCAGGUUUCGCACCUCGACAACUGUAUUGCGUGAAGCUGUACAUCUGAGGGGCUACCGCGAAAACUGAAAUUCGCAAACGGCGGGGAUCUUUCUCUUUUACUCUAAUGAAGGCGUAAUAAGAGUGACAGGGAAAAAUGUCCACAAUUUGCGAACUUCGAUUUUCGCGGUUAUAGCCCAGUACCUUUUCUUUUCAAUUUCGUAUGUGGACACAAUUUGGCGACUGUUGUCGAUAGAUCAGUGUAAAAGCGAUAGGGGUCUAUUUAUAGCCAUUUUAGGCACUGGUUUGUCAAUAUCAAUAAUCAUUGUAUUUGGUCGCGUGAUAUCUACGCUCUGAAAUUAGACCCACGCAAUGAAUCAAACAAUAUUUAACGUUUUUCUAUCCGAGUAAAAUAUAUUGUGUGACAGAAAAGGUACAUUCGUGCGGUGGUUCUUAUGUCGCACUAAACGUAAACGUCCUUUUCCUAAGAACGACACAUUUAUGUACUUAUAUAUAAUGUAUAUGUAGAUUGUAGACAUAGUCGAAUGAAAUAAGUUGUUAAGUAUUUUUUGUGCAAUGAUUGUGUACAGCAUGUAUUUACUUAAUUUACUACUAUGUACUAGUAUUAUCUAACAAAAAGGUACCCAUAUGAAUGUAGGUAUUAUUAGCACUGUAAUAAUUACUGUACUUAGCUUAAGGUUGUGUAUUUAUUUACAUCAUUAUUUGUAUAUAAUGCUCGUACGUUUUUAUCUUAUACCAGAGAGAAUAGACAGAAUAGUAAAUAAAAAAGACUGCCAAUCUCCAUAAAAAGUAGAGUUCUUUAGUAUUGUUAUAGAUGGCAUCACAUUGAUGAGGUCACCAUAUUCUAUUUUGGCGCUUUGACCUCUCUAAUAUAAUGCCAUCUAACUAGAUGGUUAAGGUGUCAAUGGUGUCGUACAAAUUGUCGGAUACCAUAAGUGGUGCCAUCUACAAUAAUGACGAGGAAUGAAACUAUGCAGGCUUAGCACAGGAGCACCAUGACAGUAUCUCGCCCACGAGAUAGACUACUCGUCCCUCUCUAACUAAUACAAUAAGCAGUUAGGUAGUAAAAGAGCUUCUGUGCUAGACCUAAUGGACGAAAUUGGUCUAUUAUAUUAUGUAUUUACUUUUCUUAUGUUUACAUUCCAUCCAUUGUUGAAUUUUAGAUCUCAAUUUUAUUGUUUUACUCUUCUCGAUGACAGCUUAGCUCAAGAGCACUAAGCAAUACGGCACAUAUUUUUUAC